AUGUCUGGUGAGCCCUCACAGCUAGAAAUGUCAACGACUCUGAGGCGCGCUGUUCCUGCCGAGAAGCCCACAAAGCCUCUUAUCAUCCUCUGUGACGGCACUUGGUGUGGUCGGGAGACGGGCACUGAAACUAAUAUUUAUAAGUUGGCCGAAAGAAUUUGGGGCAAGUUCCAAGAUGAUACUGCUGUGCACCAAGUCUCUGAUCGGGUUUGCUACGUUGAAGGCGUGGGCCUUGGGAGCUCGCUUUUAGAUUACGUCUUCAAUGGUAUCACCGCGCAGGACAUUGCCCGUCAGUGCAUUGAAGUUUAUGAAUUCAUUGUCAAAAAUUAUACAUAUCCAGAUCAUGAAAUCUGGAUGUUCGGCCUCUCUCGAGGUGCCUACUUGGUGAGAGCUGUUGCUGGUAUGAUUAACAACUGCGGGGUUAUCAAACCAGUAAAUGUAGACGGGGCUAUUGAUAUGCAGCAAACCCACCUACUUUGCGAAGCUGUAUACGAUAUCUAUCGUUCCCAUUAUCCUAUUGACAAACCACAUUCUCCCCAAUCAAAACUCUUCAGGCAGUCCAAAUCCUGGCCAUUUAUCGGUGAUGAAGCCAAUCCCAGGGCGCCAAGGUUCAUUCCACCCAUAAAAUUCAUGGGACUCUUCGACACUGUUGGUAGCCUGGGAUUACCGGAUUUUACUGGAGGUAUGGGCCUGGAGUGGCCAGCCUUUUACGAUCAAAAUAUUUCCACAGCAGUCGAGAAUGUAUACCACGCUGUGUCACUCCAUGACCGGCUCUAUGCAUUCCAACCUUGUUUGGUUAGCCGAAAUGAGAAUAGGCACAAAUCAGACUGGGAAAAUUUCGGCAUCACGAGGCAAGAGUGGCUUCCUGGUGUUCAUUAUGACCUUGGUCGUCAGAGAUUCAGAUUUCUACGAGAGUUUGGGGGAGGGAAGCUGGAGAAAUUCCUGGCGCGCUGGGGAUUUGCCAGCAGAAUCAUUGAGCCGAACCAUGUACUUGCAGACUUUGCCUUGCGAUGGAUGCUGCUCGCCGUUCGCGCUCAUAAUCCCCAGCCGCAGGCUGCGUAUCAGGUCGUUCCGGAGAUUGACCAAUUUAUUCGGGAUGUGACCGACAAUAUCCGAGACAGACCUCACCAAGUAGGGGACGGUGACGUGUAUGGCAACAUACUUUACUAUGCGCCCUUUGGAUCGUUUAUCUUGGACAUCGUGAGAGCUUUGCGAGGCACGAGAUGGAAAAUCUCUGCAAUCUAUCAGCUUUUCUUUGACCUACGGGAUCGGUUUGUACCAGACCAGGAUGCAACCGUCUACGAUUUUCGCAGUUUUGACCCAGACAUCGGGGAAUCCAUUGAGAACCUCGGAGAUAUUUUUGAACAACGGUAUCCUUCAAAAUCAUAUGAGAAAUGGGAAUUACUGCAGUAG